UCAGGUAAGGAUGACGGAGGCGGUGGUGUAGAAGAAGCCGGGGAUGACGAGCGUGAGGGAGAUGCCGCUCCUCCAGGAUGGACCGCCGCCGGGCGGAUUCCCGCCCGUGAGGUGCGCCCGGCGCAUCCCCAUCAAGGGCUCCAACGCUGCCGCCAUCUUCCUCGUCGCCUUCUCUUGCGGAAUGUACCAGGUCGACCAGGGUAAUCGCAUCCGCCGAGCCAUACUACCAAUGCUUCAAGCUGAGAAGAUGAAAGGUAAAUUAAUACAUCAAGUUUACAAGCUCGACACUACCCGUGAAGGAGUGGAA